UUGUCCUAUUUAUAGUUAAAUCCUCCCUCUUUUAUAAUAUUGUAAAGCACUACGGAAUCUGUUGGCGCUAUAUAAAUGGCAAUUAUAAUAAUUGUAUUUGUUCUGAUGAGUAGAAUCAUUACCUUAAGGCUUUUUGCUGUACACACUGUUUUUUCUGAGAAAAUGCAGUGUUUACAUUACAGCCUAGUGGUGCCUCCACUGGCCACUCCUCAGAUGGUUGCUAGCGGUGCUUACUGGGGCAGUACUGCAUACUAUGCAGUACUGACAUUCAGUGUCUCCACCUUCUGCAUGCAGACACUGAACUUUCCUCAUAGGGAUGCAUUGAUUCAAUAAAUCUCUACGAGGAGAUGCUGUUUGAGUUGUGCUGGCUCUGCCCCUGAUCUGUCUCCUUGACAGUCUCAGCCAAUCCUAUGAGGAAGCAUUCUGAUUGGCUCAGAUCAAUACGUCUGAUGUUGGCAGACAGAGGCAGUUCAGGGGCCAAGGCAGCAGCUUCAGACUUGAAUACAAAUAAGAUUUUACUAUAUUUAGGGAUGCAAGAAGGGACUAGAUGGUGGUUUUAACACUAUAGGAAAACAUGUUUGUGUUCCUGAUGCUAUGGUGUUCCUUUAAGGGCUUCUUAUUUUAAAUUGUUGUCCUUGAAGGGAAAUAUGAUUUCUAUAAAUGUUCAGGAUUUUAAAGCAGCACUUUGCUCUGUGGGUGCAUUGUUAAACAUUGCCUCACUCCCACCACCACCAUGUUGCAAUGUCCCCUCUCUCCUCAGCAUAGACUCUUGGAUCCACUUGAUCUGUUGGGACGUGCAUCACUACAGAUUGGUGAUCUAUGGAAGAUCCUAUAGGUUUGUUCGUAGAACGUCUCGUUCAUGUGAAAUGAGUUGGCACAGACCUAUAUUUUGCGCCAUUGAUUUCUUGAAUAGAUUAUGGUGAAAGUGUCUCUAACUGCCUUCAUUUUCUUCAUUAUACCUACCAUGAUUUGUAAAGAUUGCUGCAGCUGCUCACACACGAAAUGUAAUGAUAUUGAAAAUUAAUAUUUCGCCAGUACAUUACUUAGUGUGUGUGUGUGUUUGUGUGUGUAUUUGUCAUACCUGCUUAUUUUUGUGUUAGAUGGAUUAAUUAAGCUGAUUGCUUUUUGCCUAUGAGCUAGCUCCUGUAUCACCGGUUUUAGCUUCUAGCAGAGACGAAUUGUGGAAUUAGGCCUAGCGGUUUCCAGGUAACCUGUUGAUCACUUGCUUUGGGGGUAUCAGGGCACUUCUGGCACCAUAACCACUUCAGCACGCUGUAUAAUGGUUAUGAUGCUUGGAGUGUUCCUUUAAGAAUAUUUGGUGCAUUCAAUCCUCCUCAGUAGUCGAGUAUAUGAUAUGCAGUUUUUCUUCUGGUAACUGUUACGUUGCCUCUAAGUUUAUGCAGAAACCGUGCGAUCUGGCUUCAUGCAGAAAAUCAGCCUGAUGCAUUCUAAUUGGCAGUUAAAGGUUAAUUCACUAAACCUGAAGUUGUGAAUAUUUGGCAAGAAAAGUGCAAAUUUUAGAACAAGUGGUUGAGCUGGAGCUAUAAGCAAGUUAGACAAACUUUCCAUGUUGGCCUAAAACAUGCAAUCGCGUUGUCAGUCCGCCACUAGUCUCAGGUUAGUGAAUAAACCUCUUUUUGAUAACUCUUAUUCAAAUCCGCCCCAAUUUAUUAAAGGAAUCAUACAUAUCUUAUAGGCUCCUGGAGUGCCCCCAUCCCGCGGGGCUGAACCCCUUCAGCUACUUACCUGAAUCCAGCGCCGAUGUCCUUCAGUGCUGGGUCAGGCUCCUCCCUCACCGACAUAAUGCGCAUGUGCGGCAAUGGCCACGCGCAUUAGACCUCCCCAUAGGAAAACUUUAUUCAAUGCUUUCCUGUCUGAAGCUGGAGGUCCGUGAGGACGUCCAGCGUCAGAUAACGGACCAAAAGUCAGUUUGGAUUCCGGGAGCCCUCUAGUGGCUAUUUGUUAGACAGCCCCAGAGGGCAGACUUAGAGCUGCAAUGUAAACAAUCUCUGGAACUGCAAUGUUUUACAUUACAGCACUAAGUGCAAAAGGGUCACAGCACCCAGACUACUUCAAUGAGCUUACAUGGUCUGGGUGUCUACAGUGUCCCUUUAACAAAACCAAAGUAGUUUCCGGUCUGCUAUCCCAGAUCCCUAUUUACAUUUUGAAACCAUAGAAAAAGUACCAUAACAACUAUAUUCUGUAGCGGUUUUGGUGACAUGAAUCCCCUAGUGCCAUCCUGUAGGUAAGAUUCAAACCAUUUUCAAACAGUUUGACACUUACCUGGGACUCCUGGGCACCUAGUUUGGUUCCUCUUCUUGAAGUUCCUACAACAUAAGUGAUGUCAAUUACUCCAAUGUUUGGACUGAAUUAAUUGGAUGAGUAUUACCUGAAUACACAUUCAAGAGAUCUGUUUUCCCCGUUUCUGAAUAGUCUGGAGUACAGGUGCUUAAGAGUCCCUAGUAUGUGUCCUGGGACUAUAACCCCUACAGUACACAGUAGUGAUUAGACUGUAUAUUUUAACUAAAACGUCUUUAGUAUCACUGUAAUAGCCAUAAACACAGAUCUCAUUUGUCAUUGGAAUGGCUCUCUUCUUGAGUUGGCAGGUGACCUUAUGCUUUAAUGAUCAUUACAGUGGUACUAAAAACGUGUAUUUAAAAAUGUGCCUUGUAUUUCGUAUACUGCCUCCUUUUUGUGUACUGAGUGUUCCUCUAAAAAUCACCAAGAUUAUAUGUUUGUAUAUAUGUUCUACAGAGAACACAGUUUUGUAUGUUAUGUGCUUUGUGCAAUCUGUUAAUUGUAACAGUACAAACCUCCUAUUCAGAUGAUCUGCAUGUCUCUAGGAGCCAGCACUCACUGUUUAGUGGAUGAGAACAGUUUAGCUAUGCAGCAUGUUUUUAAUGGGUUGCUCCAAUUAUUGUGACUAGUAAUUGGUGGUUAGUUUGUGUUGCUAUGGUGAGUCCAACUGUUCUAUUAGCACUUCCAAUGUUUUAUUGCAUCAAAGGAACAGCAAGCUUUUGUACUGCUUUAUCCCAUUUCAUACUCCUUUAAUCAGUGGAAUUUGGAGCACAAUGCGAAGAAGCCGGACUGUGCAUUGUGUAAUUUGCACAGCUUGUGAGAUUGAAAUUCGCCAAUUUCUGCAUGUAUUACAAUUAUUUGCAUAUUGAUUGCAGUAUAAUGGAAAUAUUUGAGCUAAAUCUAUUUCAUCUAACAGAAAGUAGCUUGGCCUUCUAUUUCUCCUGUAAGAUAUUGGUGCAUUAGAUGUAUGCUGCUGAGAGAUUCUGGCAAGUAAUAUAAGCCUUUUAAGCCCAUGUAAUUACUGUUUAAGGGAAUGCCAUGUGCCACCAGUUUUAUCCGUGCAGCUGAAAACAUUGCCAUUUUGACGAUUGCCAUACAGCCUCUAGAAGUGCUUUCAUGUAAUACUGGAGUAAAACUAAAUGUUUCUAUCAGAUUAAACUGUUUUGCCGUGCAUGCACACUAGACUCUUAAUGCUUUCCUGUGGGAAAGCAUUGGAUUGGCUGAGAUCAUCGAACGUGAAGAUCUCAGCCAAAGAGAAGGAAAUUCUACAAGGGGACCAGUGCUUCGAGGGAGAAGAUUUUUAUUUUUUAAACAGCAGCGGGGGAUCCUCUCUCUUAAACGGUGACUAGGACACUAGGGUGUUUCUGAUGCUAGUGUUAAUUUAUACUGUAAAUCUAUAAGAAGGGGGAUAGAAACCUAGGAUAAUAUAGUUUCUGUAGUGUUUCAGAGUUUGUAGAGUAUUAGGAUUUUUAUUUUUUUUAUUGUGAUUUUAAGGCAUUCUUUCUCUUUUGAUAGAUUGGCAUCAGAAGUAUGGGGCUAAAGAACUUAUGGAAGAACUACAAAGUGUUGAUUGUAAUGGGAACGGGUCUUGGACUGGUACAUUGGGGUUGGUAUAACAUGAAGUCGAGUCCGAUCUUCCACCCAGAACGUGAAGAUGUUGUUCCAGUACCAGGCAUUGUUGGACAUGUUCUGGACAGUGAAAGAGCAACAAAAGUGAAAUAGUGAUCUACUAAAUAGUUUUUUUAGGUAUGUUUCAGUACUCGCCUUUUUAUGUUCCACUGAGAAUUUUCUUAUGCCUUAACACACUUCAGGCUUCAGUUGACUGCAGUUAUGUAUUGUAUUAAUUCUGCAAAUAAAAUUCAAUUAAAGAAACACUGUUGUUAGGAAUGCAAAUGUGUACUCCUAAUGCUAUAAUGACACACUACUAAAAUGAAAAACUUUCUGCUUUUAUCUGCAAAUCCUCAUGAUUUGGAGCUUCUGGAGUGAGAAUUCUAAACUAAGAAAUGGCUGAAACAUCUUGGCAAAACUAGGUGUCUACAGUCAGCAUCAGAUUUGUUCAUGAAAAGACAUGAAUGUAACCUACGGUGUAUGUUACAUCAAGUAAAUCAUCUCUGGGCCUCUAUUGCCUUGACAUAUAGCCCUGUUCAUAGUUUUCUUAUCAGAGGAGACACACAGUCGAGGAGGGCACAACCAUGUCAUACAAGAACCAUAACAUCCUCCUGUGACAUAUGAGUGGUGGAAUAAAGGCUUACAGCUCUAAAUGUAGAGAUGUUGUGACAGUGCCCUCUAAGGAGCUUAGUUUAAGGAUUGGUGGUGACCAGAUAGGAACGUAACGUGUUUAACCCUUAAGGACCAAACUUCUGGAAUAAAAAGGAAUCAUGACAUGUCACACGUCGUGUCCUUAAAGGACCACUCUAGGCACCCAGACCACUUCAGCUUAAUGAAGUGGUCUGGGUGCCAGGUCCUUCUAGGGCUAACCCAUUUUUUUUUUAUAAACAUAGCAGUUUCAGAGAAACUGCUAUGUUUAUAAUAGGGUUAAGCCUUCCCCCAAAGCCUCUAGUGGCUGUCUCAUUGACAGCCACUAGAGGCGCUUGCGUGCUUCUCACUGUGAUUUUCACAUUGAGAGCACGCCAGCGUCCAUAGGAAAGCAUUAUGAAUGCUUUCCUAUACGACCGGCUGCGCGCGCAGCCAGCCGACGGGGCAGAACGGAGGAGGAGAGCUCUCCGCCCUGCGCUGGAAAAAGGUAAGUUUUUACCCCUUUCCCCCUUCCAGAGCCGGGCGGGAGGGGGUCCCUGAGGGUGGGGGCACCCUCAGGGCACUAUAGUGCCAGGAAAACGAGUAUGUUUUCCUGGCACUAUAGUGGUCCUUUAAGGGGUUAAAUAAGCACUUUGUGAAAAUACCUUCAUCCAAUUUUUUUAUUUUUUUUUUUAUUCUUUUGUCACAGGUCGAUGUUCUAAAAAAAUAUAAAUGUAAAAUUCAUAUUUUUUUUUUUUGUGUGCCUACAUGGAAAUUGUACGGUGUGCAGAAGUGUCUGUAUUUGGUGAAUGUUGAUUGGCCGAAAUCUAUUAGCAUGUUCCAUGAUAAAGGGACAGUCUUGCUAAUCUUUCAUGGACACCAACACUCUGAUAACCCUGCAUUGCAAGGAUCAGGAAGGUUUUGGUAUACACACAAUGCGUAUUAAAACAUUAUUAUUUAUUUUGUUCCUGUAAUUUGCUCUGUGAGCAUGUUAACCGCUUGUAUAUCGUGAGUAAGUUUCUUUUGUUAAGCCUUAUCUGUGCUUGUCCGGUCAUUGCUAAGCUACAAUUCCAUCAUUUCCAGUCCAUGUUUGCUGAUAAUGAUUCACAUUGUAAUUCAGGAAGUAUGUAACUGAUCAGGCGAUGUGAUCCCCACAGCGUAUGUAAAACAUGGAUUGUUUAAAGAAACAUGCCACUCUAGUCUGAAGUACACUCGCUGUGCUUUGUAGGUUUUUGUUGUUGUUUUUUAGGGGGUGAGGGGGUAGAGUGGGGGUGACUCCAUCUUCUUUGGGCUAUAGAGAAUACAUUAAUGUAUUAUAUUAGCAUUUACAUUUUAAAGAAUUCAUAAUUCAUAUUUGAAAUGGCUGCCUUUGCUUCAAAACUGGUGUCUUUGCAGGAAGUCAACCAGCUACUCAUUGUAAUGAUAGGACUGCAGAGCUUAUCCUUUGAUCAGUAAUUUUAUGAGGAAUGCAAAAGUUUGUUGAAGUUCAGUUGUCUUUUUACUGUAAAAUGCUAUCAACUGCACCACCUAGAAACAUAAGUCAUGACCUCAUAUGUAUAGCAGUAAUGUGUUGAGAACAAAGGGAAAUGCUGCAGUUUGGGGGCUGGGCGAGAGGCAGAAAGAUGGUUUACUUGUGUUCCAGAAAUAUUUAAAUAUAAUGUGCUCAUAACUGUGUUCUGUGUAUUUACAGAUUGCGAGUGCUGAUAUUUUUCCUACCAAGAAGUAACCAUGAAAAAUAGAACAUGGCUCAGAAAAAAUUGGCUGUUAGUAGCUGGACUAUCUUUUUUAGGGAUUCACUUUGGGACGUAUUUUAUUCAAAGAAUGGCAAAGAGUUCUGCUAAGUCAAGCUUGGAGCUGAAAGAUUCUAAAAACAAUCAAUGAAGUUUUCAUCUCCUCGUGAAAGAUUUGUCUAAAUCAACCCACCGUCUUUUGUGAUCUAGUUGUCAAUGUCUAUAUUAUUGGUUUGAUCACAAUAAAAUAAAAUAAAAAAAAAACACAGCCUGGAUAAAUUUGCUUAAACCGCACCAUGUCAAGAUUUGAACCUAAAAAGCAGUCCAUGUGUACGGCCGGUCCAUUAAGUAGCAAAUCAAUCCAGGAACCCCUCCGUGUUUUACAUGGGAUUGUACGUUCAUGCUAUGGCCCAUCUGGUAGACUAAAACAGGUGCACAAUGGUACCGGAGGGUGUGUGGUGACAACAUCUCAGUCCUCCACCUUACUUGCUAGCAUUUCUCUGCGCCAUCCGGUCUUGAAGCUAUUAGUAGCUUCUGUUCGCAGCCAUAUAUCCUGUUUCAGCGACUGUGGCCUUUUUGCAGCAAACCUUUGUUGCAGUCUUACUGACAGGUUCUUGGACCUAAAUAUCUCCCCUCACACUAUAGUUGCAAUAACCAGAAGUCUCUUGGCCACAUGUAUUGAUUAUGUGAACUCUGAACAUUGUGGGUGCAAAAUGGCUGCAGACUUUAGUAGCAGUACGUUCCUGCUUCGCUUAACAGGUUCUGUGCUUUCUAGCAAGCCGGCGUGCAUGCUUACUUACCGGGAAGCCGACUUUAUCAGCACAUUGCUAGUAAAGGCUUUCCUUUUAACAAUUCCAAAUGAGACGGGAUCCAGCGUUAAACUAGGCAAAUGUGUUUUUGUCCCUGUAGAAGGUCUAAGUGUUACAGAGUCUUCUAUAGUGCCCGGCCUUCUUAUCAAAAUGCAUGAGUUAAGUUGGAAUAGAUCUGUAGACUUCAAUGGAUCACCCAUUAAAUUGGCCUUGUUUUCAGUCUCCUUAUCUGGAGAUUUUUGUGAUACUGGUGAAGGAACGGUGGAGUUGCUGAGUGGUGUCAAUACAGAACGCGCUAUGCUGGAUCAUCUAUUCAUGUUGGCUAAACAGUUGGUGGAAGACCACGUAAACUGCGUUGUGUGUCAAAAAGUGAUUCAUCCUUCCGUCAAGCAGUACCUUAAGGAAAAGAAUGUCCUUGUUCUGGACAGAUUGGGUGCCGCUCCAAUGGACACUUUAAGCCAGAUGUCAGGUACAGCAAAGUGUAUCUUUUAAAAUUUCUCAAGUGUUUCAAAGAAACCAAACUGAUUUUUAUUUUAUUUUUUUAAUUGCUCUCUUCUAUUAUUAGUGAGUCGUAUUUAUGCAUGCAACAACUAGUGUCCCUAAACACAAAGGAAUUAUCCAUUAAAGGGGCUCUCUCCCAUUCAUGUGUGGCCUAGCUCUUCAUUUGCUAAUAUUGAUGUUACAUUAACAAAAAAGCAAUAUCAAUAUUGCCCAGAUGUGUAUAAUACUCACUGGUUAAGCUUGCUAUCCUAAUUUGGAUAAAAAUGACAGCUGGCAGGAAGGUUCUUAGAGUCUAGAUGCUCUAGAACAGGGGUAGGCAACCUUUGGGACUUCAUCUCCCACAAUGCUGGCAAAGUAUCAAGGUAGAUGUAGUCUACAACAUCUGGAUUGUCUACCCCUGCUCUAGAAUUACUCUAAAUGUACUCCCACAAGUCAUUACUGCUGAAAAAGAGACUCAAGCAUAGAAAACGAAUAUUGCUACUUAACCCCUUAAGGACCAAACUUCUGGAAUAAAAGGGAAUCAUGACAUGUCACACAUGUCGUGUCCUUAAGGGGUUAAGGUGAAUACAUUAUACAGCAUUGUAAUUGUAUUUUCUGUGACAGAAUUCUAAGAUAACUCAGAAUGGUAUUUAUACAGAAAUAUAAAAAAUAUUGAUACAGAUUUGAUGUCCCCCAUGUGUAAGAACAGGCUAAGAAAAUGAACAUGAAAUGACAAGGUCAGCUAUACUAAAGCAGGCACAACAUUUGAAAGAAAAUAGGUGUCCCUAUUUAGAAGCACUGCCAUUGUGCCUUUACAUUGCCCACAGCUUUCAUGCACAAGGUAGUGAGGAAGACUUCACGAUAUGCAUUCAGUUUUUUGCCUCUGUGACCAUAAGGCUUGGAGUAGGAAGAUAUUAACUUUUGUUUGUGUGUAUUUGCACUUUAUCUAGUCCAAGUCUAACAGUUUUAUUGUAGUUGGGGGGGAAAUAAAGGCUUUUUUGAAAAUACCUUGGGGUUUCUACUUUUGCAAAAUAUACUCCUUCCAACAUAUAAUUUGCAAAGGAUCAGCAUUUGAGGCCUGAGCCCACCAUCGAAUGUCCAAAUAUUAAAAAGCUGCAGCAGUCCCCCAGUGGGCAAUAUGGGGGCCAUUCCUUUACCCUUGUCAGAGUAUUGUUGAAUAGCCAUUUGGAUGCAAUUAUUUAUAUUGCAGUAGCACACAUCACGCUCAUCGUGUGAAUGUAGUAUGAAAAACACAAUAUUGGUAAAGAUUUUGUCUCAGAUUGGUGAAUGUGUUAAAAUGCCCCUCCGUUAAUACCCUGAUGCCUGGUUUUGAAAUUAUAUGCUUAUGUGUCCGUUUGGGGCCACUUUUAAAAUUCCAGGCCCAAUAUAAUACAUAUUGAGAUUUUUGGUUUUGGAACCGUAACAUUGCUAGAAUUGCUCCAGUAAGGCUGUUUUUAAUAGUCGAUAAUAUAUGAUCUUUGAUAGUAUCUCUUUACAUUAUCUAACAUAGCAUCAUGUGAAGCAAAGUCUCCUUUUAGUUUAGAAUUCUAAUUUGUUUGUUUUCUUAUUGCAGGAGCAAAGCCCAUAGCUUCUCUAAGUGUGGUUUCUUCGACUUGUUGUGGCCGCCUCAGGGAAUUCCGCAGAAUGUCCUAUGGAUCCCAUCACUAUUUACAUUUUAUUCCUUUUGACACCUCCGUGAGCAGCUUUGUGCUUUGCAAUCGAAAUGAAACUUCAUUAAAAGAGCUUAUGGUAAGCAGAAGUUUCUAGUAGCAGAUUAGAAACGGCAGUUCUACUUUGUUUUGAAAUGCAUAGAAAAAUCUGCUGCUCAAGGGAUCAUGAAUGGGUAAAUUUGAACUAUUACAUUCAUCAUAUAGAUAAUGCAUAAAAUUAAUGCAAAAUCAAUAAAUUAAAAAUAAUAAAAAGUGAUAUCCACACAACUGAAUUGCUGCAAAUCGCCCAGGCAAUGCAACGUCUGCUGUGAGUGCUGCCUAAACCAGGAAGUGUCUCGGCCACUGAACUCCCUUUAAGGGACACUUUGAGCCCCCAAAUCAAUCCAUUUUAUUGUACUGGUUAUACUGUUGGGAUUCUGUGUGCGCAGUAUAUGUCAGACAGACAUCAAGGAUUUUGUCAAACAAUGCUGAGAAUUGCCCAAUACCCACCCAUUAGUUUGUGACAUCAAAAUGAGUAGGUUUCCUCUUCCAGUGUGUUUGAACCCUCCUUUGAUUCUCACGCUGUGCAAUGAUUGAUUGUAAGAAUUGGGUAUUAACAAGAUUUGGCUUCACUCCCGAAUGUCAUUCCAGCCAAAGUUAACUCCCUUAACUUUUUAAAAGAGAACAAAGGAUAUUUUCUCUCCCUGAGGCUUACUUGUAAAUACAAAUACAAACCCAUAAAGGUUUGGGUUCUUUUCCUGCUUUUGAAAGAUAUUGGGUCAAGGGGGUGGGGGGGGACUAUGCUUAUGCGCACUAUAAACUCUUCCACUACUACCUUAAGAAUGGGACCAGUGAGAACAGGUAGGAACCCCUUACUGCCUGACACACAAGACUAAAAGUAGGAAGUGUCAAAUGGAUUGAGCAUCCUCUGACAUAUACUGCGCACACAGAAUCCCAACAGUAUAACCAGUACAAUACAAUCUCAAAUACCUUGAAGCAGCCAUCGCAAAUGUCCCCUGUUCUAUAUAUAAACAAUAGGAAAACAUUCUACAAUCGUGGGGCAAAUCACAAGAAACAUUGAAGGAACACUGAAGUGUUCGGAAUACAACCUUGUGUUCCUCUACCUAUAGUAGGCCACACCCCUCUUACCUAUACUCCCUUGCUGAUGUCGCAGUUGAUAAUCUCAGCCAAUCCAAUGUUUCCCCAUAGGGAUACAUUGGGAGGUUAUGCACAUGGCAAAACACAUCUGAUCGCACAGUGAGUUUAACUGGAAGACAGGCACUAGAGGUGCAUUUAACCCUUCCAUGUAAACCUUUGUUUCAACAAAAUUACAAUGUAUUACAUUGCAGGCUUAAAAUGACAGGACUGCUGCACCCAGACUAUUUCAUUGAGUUGAUGAUGUCUGGAUAACAUUAGUGGUCCUUUAAACAACAACGUAGCUUGCACCAGAAAACCAUUUUGGAUGAAGGUUGUUACAAGUCAAAUUAAUAAGACAGAGGGAAAGGUAUGCUUUCUUUAUGAUAUAUGUAGGGUUACAAUAGAUAUCUUCUAGUUUGCAACAGUACCCCUUCAAAUAGCUUAUUGAGCUAAAGAUAAAAAAUACAAGGCAACAUUUUUUCAGUUUAUUCAUAAAAAUAUAAUUAAAAAAAACAAAACUGCUCCAGGAUAAAACAUUUUGAAAUAUUUUUUAAUGCCGUAUCCAAUUUUAUUGAACACAAAGUAAAGCAUGCAGAGGGCUGAGUAGGAAAUUCCUAGGCAGUAAGAUAAAUUGUUAGAGGCAUGUGGAGUUAGAAACUUUAGGUAAGGAACCAGGAUACUGAGGAUAAAUGAUUUUGCCAUUGAGGGUUAGAGACCUACGGACAUGUGGGGUCAAGGAUUGAGUUGUCUGAUCGUAAAAGAUGUGGAGUACAAGGGUAGGAACCACUGAUCAUAAGAGACCUAAAGAGUCUCCAGGUUAGAGGCUUGUGAAACUAAUGGUGUAAGAGAUCUUGGUGCUAAGAAGGCUGAAGGCAGUGGACCCUAGAAUAGAGCUUAUCAGACCAGCUGUGUGAGAGUUCGAGAACAAGAAUAAUUUCAGCUACUGACAUGGGGAUCCUAAAAUUAAUUUAAACUUAAUGAUGAAUCCUUAACCCCUUAAGGACCAAACUUCUGGAAUAAGAGGGAAUCAUGACAUGUCACACAUGUCAUGUGUCCUUAACGGGUUAAAGCAUGUAAAUGUAUAAUGUUAGACCAGUGUGGUGUGAAAACCAUGCAUAUUUUUAUUAAGACUAUGUUAGUUAGUAUGAUCUGUGCAGACAGUAGAACAGGCAAGGCUAAGGAAUGUCCUGUCAAAGUCUGAACAAAGGUACAAAAUGUUCUAUGAGUUUAUCUAUUGAGAUCCUGUUCUUUUAUCACAGUGAAUUAUGCAUCCGUUGGGUAUAGCAAUUAUGGGACUUUCUUUCGUUACAGACUACCUGUCAGGCUGCACAGCACAUCUUACUGCUUACUCUAAAAAAGCCAUGGGUAUUACUUGGUGGUGGCUGCACUGAAACGCAUUUGGCUGCAUUCAUCCGGUAUAAGGUAAGUAGGUUAUGAAAGUCGUCAGUUUCUUUUAAAGUGAGCUGCAAAAUCUUCUAGAAUUAGUCCAUAUCUGUACGUGUCAUCACUAAGAAAAUAUAUGCAUUUCCUGAUGGGCCCAUACAGUCCUCCAACCAGAAUCUGGGUGCACAGUUCACAUAUCAAGUGGCCAUGUAUCCUCUGUAUGCCCUCUCACUGCAACCUCAACCCUACUAAGUAUGAAAUGAUUGUCUCCAAACCAGCUAUUCUAUCUAGAUCACUUUAAAAAAAAAAAAAAAUACAAAAAUAUUUUAAAUAGUAAAAGAUGUGGUAUAGGUUAACACGGUAAAGGAGUUUGAGCAUGUGUGGGAUAGACAUAAGACUAUCCUACAUAUUAGAUAAGAUCAGGGACUAAUGAAAGUAUUUAGAAAAUUGGGCAGACUAGAUGGGCCGAAUGGUUCUUAUCUGCCGUCACAUUCUAUGUUUCUAAGUAUUCAGAAUUGCUGUUUACAUUUCAAAUACUUCUACAGUAAAAAUGUCAUGCUAAUGUUUGUCCUUGACAAAUUCAGCCAUACCAAGGAAUUUGUUUUCUAUGUUUCAGAGUGCCAACAUCCAGAGCAGUUGUCUGAAAGAACUGAAAUGUUCAGCAUCCGAAUACCAGCUGGUGUCCAAUUGUUUUUGCGCUUCAUUAGAAUCUGUAGCCCGAAGUUUUGAACACAAAGGUGGAGAAAUGAUGAUUGAUUUGCAAGAUGCCCAUUUAUGGUCUGUUCCUCCCAGUGGUAGUUCAGAAAUUGACCAUAACUGUGGCUGUGGUAUACACCGGUCAAGAGACAGUUUGAAGUGGAACGUGGUGGGAAGCCAGUAUGAGCCGUUUAAUCCACAGACCAGUCAAAACAUACUGCCCACUGCAGCAGACCAGCUGAUUUUGGACUGUUUCUCUGCAAAAUGUAACGGAUUACAGGUAGCUGUUGACACAGCUGCUCUGAUUCUGGAUCUGUCCUACAUUGUAGAAGAUCAAAAUUGAUUUAAAAUACACAUUUUGUCUCUCCUUAUCUUGUGCAUUUCUUAGGGAGAACUUAAUCAGGUCAGUCCUAUAACAUCAGAUUCUCACUGACUGCUCAAUAUAGCUAUGGGCACCUUCAACGCUCAGGUAAUAGAAAAUAAAUUAAAUGUGUUUCAUCACCAACACCAUUAACGUGUAAAUAGGCCCAGUAAGUAAACUUUCAAAUAAUAGUUUGAUGUUAAGAGGAUACCAAACUAGAUGUAAUAUGUAUUUAAAUGUUUUGGGAAGAUAGCAGACUAUGGGUAAUUUAUAGCAGAGAGGUGUUGAAAGGUAGAUUUCAAUAGAGCAAGAACACAUAAAUGUUUUAAACGCAAUAUUAUUUAUCAGAGGGUUCCACAAUUGUCCGUAAAAGGAUACUGCUGCACUAAGAAUUGGCAUAUUUUAAUAUAUUUUACUCUUUAGCUGCCUGCAAGAUAAUCGGAAAACCGACUUGUGUCCCUGCAAACCUCAUUUUUCAUGGAGGAAUCGUAGAGGAAUGACUGCAUUUAAUAGACGGCCUUAAUCUGUCAAACUGUAUCAAGGAUUCUUACAGCUUAGAAAAUAAUUGUUGCUGAAAAUAAAAAUCCUUCAAAGUGUUGAGAAAUUAUAGAGCCUACCCAUCACUACUGCAUUAACAUUUUAAAAUAGAAUUAGACUGAAAUCCAUUAAAUUAUGUGUGUUACAGCUCACCCAUACUUGAGAUUGUUCUACCAAUUGUUAAUCCCCACAAAUACCAGUACUAUGUAGCUUUAAAAAAAAAAAACAAUCCUGUGUGUAGAGAAGGGGCACUCUUCUCAUCACACCAAAUAUCAUGCUAAAUUCACCAUGGCUGCUCGGAGUGGCAGAAGGACGUUGGCAUCUGGAACUUGCCACAAAGCCAGUGGUACUUCACAAGCUGAGAUUUAUAUGUUUGUUGAACAAUCUCAAGGCUAGAUUUAGGGAAUGGUCUUGUCUUUUCAAAAAGUUUGAUCACUGUAGUUAGGUUGUGACCUGGUGUCCUGGGCUGACUAGGAAAAUGUAGAGUGUGGGAGGGAUUAGGGGUAAGAAGAGUUACCUCUACAGUCCUCAUUUCUCCCCCCUUUUUUUGUUUUUUUUGUUUUACGAUCGUAUAGCUAUAUGCAUUUGCUGGUGCUCUGUGCCCUCUUUGUACCUAACAUUCUACUUUCAAUAUAUCUCAAACAAUAUAAGAAGUCCUUAGUUGCUUUAGGACAGUCAUCCUUAAACAUACCAAUACCUUUUAGUUUGUCCCAUUGUUCUAUGAUGAGAAACAUUCUACUAUAAUCUGAAAUAUUGUGGACUGGCACGCACACACACACGAGCACAAAAACAUGGGUGGCUAUGCAGCAAACCCAGGGUGCAGUCCCCGCCAGACUUUGGCUCAGUAGGAUCACCAAUGUGGAGCUCCGGCCGCACAAUCCUAUGAUAGACGCCACCCUCAAGGUCUGGUGCAGCCUAAGAUUUGCCUGCCAACUCACCACCUCCCUGAACCCGCUCACCCCGAUCAGGCAUAACCUGGACUUAGCAGAAGGCCUACCCCCCAGCAGCCUUUAAAAAUUUCCAGAAAACAGACUGACUGUACAUGCAACAAUGGAGCUCCAAUGGAGCACUUCGGCCACUAGCAAACCUACUUGCAGACCAACAACCCACCCAACUGGACAUAUUCCAUUACCAUCAAGUGAAAACUUACCACACAAACCCGAGAGGUAAAGACCACCUCCACAGACAACUGACGCAAUUCGAGCACCUAUGCACUACCAAACAACACAUGGAACAUGGUGUAUCACAUCAUACACAACACUCCUGACGGCUGGGGACGGCCGUCCAUUAGGAUUCACAGAUAAAUGGGAGAGGGAGACCGGGACACAACUGACUGAUCACGAAUGGGACAAAAUAUUCCUCCUAACUCACAAAUGCUCAAUAUUCAAGGAAACGAGCUAUAAGUUACUGGAGAUGCGACACAGCGGUAGGGACCAGUCUACACAUCUGGUGGGCAUGCCCUCGGAUCGCAUCAUUUUGGCAGAUGGUCAACACAAAGAUCAGGGAUAUCACAGGAUCAGACCUCCCACUGCAGCCCCUGCCAAUGCUCCUGCACCACACACCCAUACAAAAAAUCCAUCACCAUACACCUACUCACCGCAGCUAAAGCCCUUGUCCCCCUCCAUUGGAAACACCAGACAGUGCCCAGUUACCAAUAAUGGGUAGAUAAGGUGGAAAACAUCUAUGACAUGGAGAUGAUGACUGCCUCAUUUCGGAAACGCUAAGACAAAUGUGCCCUAACGUGGUACCCCUGGAGAACUUACAUAGCAAGGGGCACAGCAUAGACCUCAUCCUUACAACUUUAACACCCAGCAAACACCUGGGAUAGCCCAAGGAGCCAACAUAGCCACCUCGUCUAGAAACUGGGACCACCCUGGGCCUCUCAUCCUCCUCCCGCGACAUCCUCCCCUUAAAUCCCCCCUCACCUCCCUAGAACACAGACGCACUCCAAACAGUGAGAUGCUACCAUUCCAACAAGAGGACAGACCCAGUCCCUGCAUACCCCACCAAGAUACUGACACUCACUGUCAGAGAGACCUCCAGCGUAAAACGACAACCCAGGGACACGAUAGAAGUGGGGCAGCCCAGGUAUAACACAUAAGACAGUACCCACCUAAUCACCCAAAGCCAGAACACCACAGGGUGCCACUUAUAGACGCUAGCAUCUCGCACACGAACACUGACGGGCCUACUUUGCGCAAAAAACAGUAUCUCCUUACCCAUCUCCUCACUUACUGGUCACCUGUAACCCCACUCGAAGGGACUUGCUGUAUAAUCUGACAAAUUGUGCUGACUCAGCAAUACUUCCUAAGCGUGCUACUUACUAACAGCCUCAUGAACUGACAGACCGAUCUGGGAACACAUCCCUCGAUCUUCUAAAUCGAUUUAGAUGCCAAUUUCCAGUGAGGCCUAGUGGGCGCUGAGGAAAGGGGAGGUGGCUGCUCUCCCAGACCGGAGCAAGCGGGGCUCCAAGCAUGUUCCUGACAACCUGCUGCCCCCCUUAAGACUGGUAGGGAUGAUCCCAGUCGGCACCCAUGAUCUACUGCUAAGCCCUGGUGGUACCACAGAGAGCAAUAUUACCGUUAACGUACCCCCAAGAUGACGGAUGCCGAGAAUAAGCUCCCUCACAUUAACAAAAAAUGUGCAAUGUUAUCGAUGCCACACAACUGUUAUACUAUGUCUGAUGAUCAGUUUGCACCAGCUGUUGUGGCAGUGCAAACCUGCCUGUUUAACCUAUGCACAAAUAAAAUAAAGAACUUUAAAAAAAACUUGCAAUGUUUGACAACCCAAAUUGUCGCACUAUCCCAGUAUUUCCCAAUUUCUAGAGGGAAUAUAGAAUCCUGUAAAUUGAUCUUGAGGGAGAAAAAGGCUACCCCUUUUCAUCAUUCCUGGUACCUACAGCUUAAACACAUGCUUACCCCAAUUAAAAACCAUAAAGAAAGAGGCCAUUCACUGCACUAGAAUUUAAAGUCCUGCCCUCAUAAAAAGCAAAACAUCUUAAUUAUGUCGCUUUGGGGCCUGAUGUACACAGGCAUCAUCUUACUUUUCAGUGUUAAACUGUUACUGAAUGGUUUAAUACCAAUGUUCUGUCA